AUGUCUGCUUUGGCUUACAGUGAUGCAGAGAAAGGGACACUAGAAGUCCACUCUCCCCAGCUUACUCAGGAUCCCACCAAGGACGAGAAGAACACAGUAGACAUCGAGAUAUUCGCCGUGCAAUCUCUUGAGAAAGACGUGCCGGCUAUUCUUCCAGACGUCGCGAAGCCACCGCCAGCCCCUGCCAAAUCAACAAAGAAGAGUACACCCUUGUAUGGUAUUAUACGACGACAUAUGUGGUCCAAUACUCACCCUUCUGAUUCAUUAAGGCGUUUUUUCACCGUCGUGUUCGUAGUCAAUUUCGUUGGAAUUGGCUUUGCGAUUGCUGGUAAAUGGCCAUACGCCGCAAGAUAUCCUGGUGCUUUGGUCCUCGGUAAUUUGAACGUUGCAAUUCUUGUGCGUAACGAGAUAUUCGGCCAUUGCCUGUAUUUGUUCGUCAACACCUUCUUCGCCAAGUGGACUCCUCUAUGGUUCCGCCUUGCAUGUACCUCCACUUUGCAGCAUCUCGGUGGUAUCCACAGCGGAUGUGCAAUCUCCGGCGUAGCUUGGAUAGUCCUCAUGGUCGUGCAUCAAUUCAAGACGAAGUAUAUGUUUAACGACUCUAUACUUGCCUUUGGGGUGAUCACCUCAGUCAUGCUGUUCAUCACCCUCUGCGCUGGUCUUCCGUGGGUGCGUAACACGCACCACAACGUAUUCGAGCUGAAUCAUCGUUUCUUCGGAUGGACUUCAUUGUGCAUGACCUGGGUAUACGCCAUCCUGACCAAUGCCUAUGACACUGCAGACGGGAAGUUCGACCACGUCGGAAGAUACGUCGUCCAACAGCAGGCUUUCUGGUACACGGUCGGAAUGUCUAUCUUCUGUUCCAGCAUUGUUCUGCCUUGGAUUUGCACACGGCACGUCGAGGUCGAUGUCGAACUUCCCUCUCCAAAAGUCGCUGUUCUCCGCUUCGAGCGUGGUAUGCAACAGGGUCUGCUUGCUCGCAUCAGUCGCUCGGCUAUCAGGGAAUAUCACGCUUUCGGUAUCAUCUCCGAGGGUACCCAUGCAAAGCACCACUACCUUAUCUGCGGCGUGCAAGGCGAUUUCACUAAGGGACUGGUCAACGACCCGCCUAAAAAAAUUUGGACUCGCGAGCUGAAGUUUGCUGGUGUCUCCAACACGUCGACGCUUUACAAGCGUGGAAUCCGAAUCUGCACUGGAACUGGUCUUGGUGCUGCCCUUUCUACUUGCAUUCAAUCUCCCUACUGGUACCUAAUUUGGAUCGGCUCCGAUCAAGAGAAGACAUUUGGCCCAACUAUCAGUGGUCUCAUUCACAGGCACAUAGGUCCAGAGCGUCUCCUCCUUUGGGACUCGAAAGUCCGUGGGGGUCGUCCACCCACCAUGAAGAUCUUGAAGGAGGUAUACGACCAAUGGCAGGCGGAGGUUGUCUUCAUCACUUCCAACUACGUGGGUAACUUUGAGAUCCAACAUGGUUGCAAGGAAGCUGGGAUUCCUGCAUUCGGAACACUUUGGGACUUUGCGUGGGACGUGUCGGAUGCCAGACCAUCCACACGUUUCUCAUCCUUGUGUAUCCAAUACAAUGCCAAAGGUACCGGUUCCUGA